AAGUGCCGCCAUUUUGGGGUGUUCUGCUCGGGCGGCGGCAGCGGCGGCGGCGGCGGCGGCGGCGGGACGCGGAGGCUCCCCCGGGACUCGGCCUCAGCAGUGAGGAGGCGGCGGCUGCGAAGGCGCAGGCAGCAGCUGAGGCAGCGGCGGGCUCAGGUGCAGCCGCUGCUCAAAGAAAAUGAACGGCACCCUGGACCACCCAGACCAACCGGAUCUUGAUGCUAUCAAGAUGUUUGUGGGCCAGGUUCCAAGGACCUGGUCAGAGAAGGACUUGAGGGAACUGUUUGAACAGUAUGGUGCUGUCUACGAAAUCAACGUCCUAAGGGAUAGGAGCCAAAACCCUCCUCAGAGCAAAGGGUGCUGUUUUGUUACAUUUUACACCCGAAAAGCUGCAUUAGAAGCUCAGAAUGCUCUUCACAACAUGAAGGUCCUCCCAGGGAUGCAUCAUCCUAUACAGAUGAAACCUGCCGACAGUGAGAAGAACAAUGCAGUGGAAGACAGGAAGCUGUUUAUUGGUAUGAUAUCCAAGAAGUGCACUGAAAAUGACAUCCGAGUCAUGUUCUCUUCAUUCGGACAGAUUGAAGAAUGCCGGAUAUUGAGGGGACCUGAUGGCCUGAGCCGAGGUUGUGCGUUUGUGACCUUCACAACAAGAGCCAUGGCACAGACAGCUAUCAAGGCAAUGCACCAAGCACAGACCAUGGAGGGCUGCUCUUCCCCCAUGGUGGUAAAAUUUGCUGAUACACAGAAGGACAAAGAGCAGAAGAGAAUGGCCCAGCAGCUCCAGCAGCAGAUGCAGCAGAUCAGCGCAGCAUCUGUGUGGGGAAACCUUGCUGGUCUAAAUACUCUUGGACCCCAGUAUUUAGCACUUUAUUUGCAGCUCCUUCAGCAGACUGCCUCCUCUGGGAACCUCAACACCCUGAGCAGCCUCCACCCAAUGGGAGGGUUAAAUGCAAUGCAGUUACAGAAUUUGGCUGCACUAGCUGCUGCAGCUAGUGCAGCUCAGAACACACCAAGUGGUACCAAUGCUCUCACUACAUCCAGCAGUCCCCUCAGCGUACUCACCAGUUCAGCAGGGUCCUCACCCAGCUCCAGCAGCAGCAGCUCUGUCAAUCCCAUCGCCUCCCUUGGAGCCCUACAGACACUAGCUGGAGCAACAGCAGGCCUCAACGUCAGCUCUUUGGCAGGGAUGGCUGCUUUAAAUGGUGGGCUGGGCAGCAGUGGCCUUUCUAAUGGCACUGGGAGCACCAUGGAGGCCCUCACGCAGGCCUACUCGGGGAUCCAGCAAUAUGCUGCAGCGGCGCUCCCCACUCUGUACAACCAGAACUUGUUGACACAGCAGAGUAUUGGUGCUGCUGGAAGCCAGAAGGAAGGUCCAGAAGGAGCCAAUCUGUUCAUCUACCACCUGCCCCAGGAGUUUGGAGACCAGGACCUGCUGCAGAUGUUCAUGCCCUUUGGGAAUGUCGUGUCUGCCAAGGUUUUCAUAGACAAGCAGACAAACCUGAGCAAGUGCUUUGGUUUUGUAAGUUACGACAAUCCUGUUUCGGCUCAAGCUGCCAUCCAGUCCAUGAACGGCUUUCAGAUUGGCAUGAAGCGGCUUAAAGUGCAGCUCAAACGUUCGAAGAAUGACAGCAAGCCCUACUGAGCGUGCUCCCCUCUGAGACUGGAGUGAGAGGGUCUUCUGGUAAGUGGGGGAGGAGCACCCUUAAUGAUUCGAAGCCCUAAGGCUGUGUGUUGACAGCCCUGGACCCUGAUCCCUGCCACUCUCGCAGGCACAGCUUGCCCUGAAGACUCGGCUACUGCCUUCUGUGGGAAUUUCGCUUCGUACAGAGGACAAGUUUGUGCUUUGGUUUCCAGUGUUUUACUUUGGAGUUUAGGUGCCAUAUCCUGAGUUUUUUUUCUUUAUUUAAAAGUUUGCUGUGUUUGUAACCAGUGUGUUGAGAAGGACCAACAUCAAACUGCCCUGGGGGAGGAGGGGGAAUGGAGAAACAUUAAAAAAGAAGAUCAGAAUUUGCCCCAAACUACCCGAAGAGAGAGGACUGAGUGAAACAAAAAAUUGACCCCCAGAAUCUUCCUGAGCACGAGAGUGGGUGAAAUGAGAACUGACAUCCAAGAGCUUUUGUGGGGUGGAGGAGGUGGGGUUGGCUUUGGAGAGUGAGAGUGACUUGACACCCAGCAGCCCCGGGAGCUGGAGGCUAAAACUCCUCCAUAGCUGCCUUCUGUGGAAAUACUGAGUUCUUGCCACCUAUUUUUUAGAUUCUUGUCUGGGAUUUCUGCCCCUCUUUCCUAAGAAGGGGCUAACAAUUCUCUGGAAAUAAAGCACCUGUUAAAUUAGCCUGACAUAUGCAAAAAGCAGGGAUAUAUCACCCAUUACCAGCUUUCCCAGCCAGCCAUUGGUGUUGGAUUGGCCCUGCCCUCCUGCCUGGUGGCUGUUAGGAAGCAGCAGCCAGUCAAAGAGAUUGUUUUUAGUUUAUUUCAACACCAAACUAUUAGACCGUGGCCAUUUCUACCAGGUCCAUUUAAAGAAGGCCUCUGGGGAAGACACUGUCUGGUCUCUUCUUUAUAGUUGACCACAGCGAGGAAUGUCUCUUCCAUCCCCAGCCACAGGUUUCUCACGAGGGUAGAUCCAAGAAGGGCUUACAGCAUCUAGUUGAAGGGAGCACCUCUCCUGAGCAGAGUGAUCAAAAGCCAUCAAGCUGGGGGAGGAGGAGCCUGCUUCUUGGUGUACCUGAAUCAUAAGGUCCCUUUAAGCUAGUGCUGCGUUUGCCAGUGGCCAGCACUCAGUGCUUAAAAGGAUUAAGAAAUCCAUGUUUGCCUCCUUGGUUGAGAUGUCCCAGAUGUAGUGUCAAAACGGAGGCAGGCCCCUCUUCUGCCCGCUCCAGCCCCAUCUUCUGCUCUUGGCGACAGAGGAGACAACAGGACGUUUACAACCUCCAUAUGGAUUUAGUGUUCAUUUACCUCAGCAUCACCGUGUUCGUUUUUGUCCUCGUGCUUACAGUUAGCUCCCUGCUGCCUCCCACAGGUCUCACUGCAGCCCUUGCCUGUGACCCACACAGCCUCUGGGCUCUGCCUCUGCUCCCAGAAAUGCUGCAGGGGUGGAGAACCAGAAGGGACACGCUGUUGGGAAUGUGUACCUGGGCAGAGGUGGCCCUGUUAAUAUACGAUCUUUAGCCAAGGCCAGGGGCUGGGUCCCUGGGAUCUUAAACCUCACAAACAUCAGUCCUGACCCCUAGCAGCAGAGGUGAGAUUAAAGGGGUUGGUUUGCUAUUAAGUCAGAUGGGGGCUCUCUCCUUGUCAUGCUGUCCAUUUGGGCCACAGACAAGGAUUGACUGUCUUGCUGUUGUGCAGGUAGUUGGUGGUGUUGGAUUAUCCCAUUGAAGCUGGGACAGCUGUUCCCUUCUCAUAGUGAUAACUUGGGUCUGUUGUCCUCUAAGAAACAUGAAACGUACUUCUUAAGCUGAACCACGUAAACUUGAAUUCCACGCACUGGGAGAAAUGUGUCCUGUGUUUCAAGGAUAAAACUGUUCCAAAGGCUUCCAGGGUCAUGAUGGGAUUUUUUAAAUAAAUGCAAAAAAUAAAAAUAAAAAAGAAAAAAGACAACAAAAAAAGAAAAAAAUGCUAGGUUGGGGAGGCGCUGUUCUGAAUCCCAACCAGCUGGAACCAAGAAUGUCGUUUCUAUUUUUAUAGAAGUUUUAUACAGCUCCGGGGUGGAGAAUAUUUAUUACCUAAAUUAUAUCUCUGGAAAAGGCCAGGAUUUUGUAGAAUCCAGAAUGUGAUUGUUGUACACACAGGGUGCUGUGUAUGAUUGAAACUACUGACUUUCUGUGGCCGUUUGCAGCCCAGCUAAUCUGCCAGAGGGGGAAGGAGUUAAUGCUGUGAAUUGGCGGAGGAGAGAGCUGUGCUCCCCAGGGUGCUGCCGGUGCUGUGAUCGCUAACCUGUUCUGUCUUCCUCCUUGGCCACUGUGGGGUUUUCCAAAGCCCAGAACUCCACUCUUCUUCCCACUUUCUUCCCUUUCUCUCCCUCCUCCCCCAGUUCACUAUUAUUUGUACACAGAUUUGCCCUGGGCUCCGGGACCUUAUGAAACCCCUUCCCUAUUGACAUGAAAGGUAAAGGUGUAAUCAGCCCACUUGGAUACCACACUCUGAGGUUUCAUACCUGCUUGUGGGUUCUUGUUUCUAAAAGAAGCGUGCACCUCAGCAGGGCCCUGGGCUGCCACAGCGGCCAGCUGGUGAGCCCAGGCACUUCCCUCUGUUCUCUUGUCCCCCGCCCAGCGAAUUCCCACAGCAGUGCUGCCCUUGAGCACAGUUCUCUCCCUAGGCCAAAGAUGGUUUUGUGAAGAAGCUGCUUCCCUACAAGUCUCAUGGUGUGAAAGCGUCAGCUCGGAGAGUGGAGACUCGCAGUCAAGUCUUAAGCAGCCCUUUUCUGUUGUGUGGGGGUCUCGUGUAUAAGUGUGUUUUCUGCUGUAGUUCUGUUUCUUACUUGGGUUUCAUCAUGAAAGUGAUUUGCCUUGAAUGCAGCCAGACACUGUCUCCUGGGUCCAACAUGAGUGGCCAGGGCCUGCGUGGAAGCUAAGAGCUUGGAUUUCCGGGAACAAAGGGCCAUCCGCAUAGGAUUGAGGAGAAAUCCUGGCCCUCUUCCCUAAAGAAUUCUCCCCACCCCAGCCUGCAGCUUUGACUUUCUCCCUGAGUCUUGACCAGGGGUUGAGGGAGAGGCUGAGGCUCUGCUCCACCAGAGAGACCUUUUCGGAUGUGUUUGGGCACUUCUGGGGAAAUCCAAGCCUUAGGUUCCCUCUGUCUCUGGCAGUUGGAUGUUUUCUUGGUGUCCUCCAUGUCCUUUUUUGACUUUUCCCUGUGUCCAUUGUUAGCAUGUGCAAAAGUUCCCUGUCAUUGCCCAGCCCCUGCCCCGCCCGCCUCCUCAUUUCAGGGCUGUACAACAGUGAGUGUUCCUGUUCUCUCUCUCUUCGUUUGGAUGUAUUGCUCUGUGUAACUCAGUGGGUCUCCCUCUUUCUGGUUUGUUUUUUUUUCUAGAUUCCUGCCGUUUGUUCAUCGUUGUGCCUAAAGCAUGUCGAUGUGGCGUCAAGUACAUCGUCCAAAUCCCUGUCUCUUCAGCUUCUCUGAUGCUUGAACUCUCACCUUUGACCUUGUGUUGACCUUUGAUGCUGACGUGUAUUUUUAUUAUGUUUGUUUCUUCCUUUGUUUUUUCUUUUUUCUUUCCUUUUUUUUUUCUUUUGUGCUGCCAAAUUGGUUUUGCUAGAACGACUGCUGAAGGGGAAAUAUUUAAACUUGCAUUUGAAUAUAAAAAAAUCUAUUUUUCUAGAACUUCAUAAGAUAACCACUUGAUUUUGUGAUUCCAAUUCUUUGUAAUUGUCUUCAGAGCAGCCCUACUAGCACAUACCGCGUGGUGUUUGUAUUUCUGUGAACACACAGCCAGUCUGUUUCUAGGCUUUGUUUCUCUGUGUGCUUAGUUUUAAAGACAACUUUGAAGUAAACAAUGAAAUAAAAGAUGUCACUAAAACCUUUGAGGCUCCUGAGCACAUUUUGCUGAUAUAGUUUGUGGGGCUUGAGGAGACCGCAUGUGUUCCCAUUUUUGUUUUUCUGAGUUCUCAACUGCAGAAAACACCUGAACUCUUUUUCCUUUUUGACCACUGGCUGCAGUUUGGGCCGCAGCCAGCCCUUUUUCUUGUGUGGUUCUUCCCUGGAGCAACCCUGCCGGGAGUCUGCAGAGCCCUCUGGCCCCUUCCCCUCAGCCCUGCUGUGCCCACCUCCAUGCUUCUUCCCACAGUCUCCACAGCAAAAUGUGAUGCUUUGAUUUUUUUGUUUUUGUAUUGUUUUUGUGUUUUUGUUUUGAAUUUUUUCCUUUCCUACUAAGAUUAUGCCCAGAAAAAACAAGUUUUGCAUGUUUCCUGCUGUUUCUUCACACCUUCGUAUAUAUCACCUUCACCUCUCUGUUUUCUAUAGUUUGUGCAGAAACUGACCGAUUUAAAAGGGUUUCAAAGAAGCUGUUUUAAAUUGAUGUGGGGUUAAUUUUUUUUUCCCAAGAUUGUAUUAUUUUUAUUUUGAAGUGGCAACUUUCUCCUCUAUUGCCCUUAGAGCGUUUGCCUGUGCACUUAGACUGUCACCUCAUAUGGCCUCCGGGUCUCGGCGGGGCCUUCAGGAGGCCGGUUGCUCUGCUCAGAGGCGGGUGGGAAGGGGGUCCAGAGAGGCACAGGGGCAGAGGUAGAACUCAGAAGGCGGCUGUGGGUGGGCGAGAGGCUAGUAAGCACCCUCAGCGCCGAAGAAGGAGUGCGCUCUUAGCCACUCGCAGGAGGCCGUCUGCGCCCGAAGUGGCAGUACAUCUGCAGCGCUUCUCCUAGGUGACAAGCACAAUACUACAGUCUUCACACUGUUUACAGCCCUGGGCACCAGCCACCCCACACUGGCUCCUCACUGCAGCUCGGCUCUUGCUCAGCUAGUGGGGUGGGGGUUAGGGCGGGUUUGGUUUUGUUUUUGUUUUUGUUUUUGUUUUGUUUUGUUUUGUUUUUAAUUGGGUGAAGAGCCAAAUAGCUACUGUCCCUGGGUGCCAGGCAAGCCAGUUCCUUGGUUCCCCGAGGGGAACUUGCCCUCCUCUCUUGUGGCACCAUCCAGCCUCAGGGUCUUAGGGACUUGAGUAAGAAUGUGAAGGGCAGAGGGAGAGGUCAGAGGAGAUGAGAGGUCACACGAUGGAUCUGUGGAGGUACGAGGUUGCAGAGGGAGGAGUUUGGGAUAGAUCCCACCCAGGCCUAAGCUGCUGGUGGGUGAGAGAGCUGCGAAGUAGGAUUUCCAGGGAAGGAUGGAGAGGGGUAGCCAAGGGACUGGGGGGAGGGGGGUGGGAAGGUAGAAGCACUGUUAGCAUCAUCCAUGCUGGAGUUGAUAAAGGAAGGGAUCUCGGCAGAGUUUCUGCUCUGGGACCUGGCAGGUUGCCUAGUAUUAAUUAUGCUUGAAGCCACUCUUACUAGAAGGGAAGGGCGGCCAGGUGGAGACCCAGUGUAUGGUAGGCUGCUUAAUUUCUUCGAAGGGGUGAUUGGAUGGAAAGAGGCCAGGAACCCCAGCCUGAGCGAGACUGCCGUGCACCCCACAGUCUGACUGCACAGAGCUGCCUCUCUUGGCAGAAGGCGCUGAGGCUCCCCUUCCUGUGUAUUCAGAACCCAUGUUUGCCAAUAUAUUUUGCUUUCAAUUCCAAGAGGAGCUCUGGGAAAACCUGUGGAUAAAACCAAAUGCCAAACGUUGGACGUUGUUUCCUUUUCCUUUUCUCUCUGAUUGUUUUAAUUGUUCUGUGGUGGUUUUAAUGGAUUUGAGACCCUGGAGCGGCAGCUGCCUUUCUGAUUUCCAGCUGCUUUUUGUGAAUAAUUUAAAAAGAAAAAAAAAAAAGAAACUUUACAUUUUGGAGACAAACCUGUGUGAGUUUUUUAUUGGUACAAACGUUGUAUUUAACACUAGGGGUUUUGUACAGUUUUUUGCCUUUUCUACUAGAAAACAAUGUAAAGUGAUUUCACAAUGUGAAGAGAAAAAAAUUGCCACUAUGACCAAACGCACAGUCUGUUCUGCAGCAACAAUGGGAUUCAAUCAACUCAAAGUCGUGAUUCAGCCGUAGAAAUGCUUUUUCUUUACCUUGUUUGAGCUUUUCCUUUCUUUCCUGUUUUGAUUUGCAAAAGAAAAUGUCUUUUUUGUGUGAACUUGUGUUGUACUAUGUAGAAAAUUAUGAAUUUUACUUUAAUGGUUUUAAAAAAAAGGCAAGAAGAGCCCUUGUCGCUUUUCUGACCUGAUCACAGAGUUUGUGUAGUGGAUUAAAAAAGAAAAAAAAUUGUUACCAGUUUCGAGCAAGGGAGUAUGUGUCUAAAAGGAAUCUCCUUCCUUUUCUGUGUGUUUUUCCUUUUGUCCCAAUGGGGAACCUAAAUCUGUUUUAAUUGCACAGACACACGGACAAAAAGUCAUUUUGUAUCUGCCAAGUGUGGUACCUUCCUUUGUUUAUUUGCUAUUAAACUGUUUGAGAAGAA